GGCCCCGCCUCUGGGCGGAGCGGCCGUGGCUCCUGCUCCGCCCUUCCGCCGGCAGCAUGGCGCGGUCGGCGGCGCUCGCCGCCUGUGUGGAGGCCGUGCUGGGCAGCCGCAGCAAUGCCAACCGCGUCUUCGAGCUCCUGGAGCUGCUGGCGGGCCAGGAGGAGGAGGAGGACAUCCUGUGCGCCGGCAGGGCCUGCAGCCGGCUCUUCGGGGCCUUGCUGGAGCGCAGGGAGCUGUUCGUAGGCCCGCUGCCCGCCGAGGAGGCCUCUCUGGCCGAUAACUACAGCGCUGAGGACAAGUACAAGAUCUGGAUGAGGCACCGCUACAAGGAGUGUGUGGAUUGCUUGGCGGAGCUCAUGGGGCACGAGGCCUUCCAGGUGAAGGAAUUGUCGCUGUGCACCCUUAUGAAGUUUGUUGAGUUGGAGGCACGAUACCCACUGAUUAGAGUAGAGUGGAAAGGGAGUUUAACUUUUCCUCGUGACCUUCUUAAGGUAGUUGUUGAUGGCUUGCUGCCCUUAAACGAGGAUGCUUCACUGCUCAUCUCUCGCUUUCAAGAAUACAUGGAGUAUGAUGACAUUCGGUACUUUGUCAUAAGGGCAGUCACUGAGAGUAUUGGACAAGUCAUGCAGAAGACAAAAGAGAGGCCGCUGCCAUUUUACCAGCAGAACGUCUUUUCACUCAUUUCCCCCAUUAACAUGCCGAGCAAAGAGAGUGACAUGGUCAAAUUUCUGGUGAAGCAAGACAACUGGGAGGAAUUGAAAGUGUCAAAGCUGCAGGCACACAAGCAGGCCUUUGAAAAAAUGUGGCUCAGUUUCUUGAAGCACAAGCUACCCGCUGGCCUCUACAAAAAAGUUCUUGUUAUUCUGCAUGACUCCAUCCUGCCUUACAUGAAUGAACCCACUCUCAUGAUAGAUUUCUUAACACUGGCAUAUGGCAUAGGUGGAGCAAUCAGUCUUUUAGCCUUAAAUGGAUUAUUUAUUCUGAUUCAUCAACAUAAUCUGGAAUAUCCUGACUUUUACAAAAAGCUGUACAGUCUUUUAGACCCUUCUGUAUAUCACGUGAAGUACCGAGCCCGCUUCUUCCAUUUGCUUGAUCUGUUUUUGUCUUCAUCUCACCUGCCAGCGUACCUGGUGGCAGCGUUUAUAAAGCGCCUCUCCCGGCUGGCCCUCACUGCUCCUCCUGAGGCUCUGCUCAUGGUCGUUCCCUUCAUCUGUAACCUCUUUCGGAGGCACCCCUCAUGCAAAGUGCUAGUACACAGGCCUAAUGGGCCAGAAGAUAUUUCAGAAGAUCCAUAUAUUAUGGAGGAGGAGGAGCCAUCCAAAAGCAGGGCUUUAGAAAGCUCUCUCUGGGAGAUUAAGACUCUACAAAGCCAUUAUCACCCAGAGGUGGCCAAGGCAGCUGCUAUCCUGAACCAGUCUCUCUCUGAAAUAGAGGAUGACAUAUCAGGACUCCUGGAGCUCUCAGCUUAUGAGCUUUUUGAUAAAGAAGUAAAGAAGAAGGUGACUGAUGUGCCCCUGGAGUUUGAGCAAGUGCGAGGCUUGUUUGGGAAGAAAAAUGAUGUUUUUGCAGAGCACUUUUCUUUGGAUUGAUGUGAUCUCCUGCAAACACAUCUGCACAACUGACUGAUCUUAGGGACGUGCACAGAGCUCACACUGUGCUCAGCAAUUCUGCCUUUGAAGUAUCUCCAUGUGAGGAGAGCUGGACUGCUUGAGAAAGGUGCAGCCGCCUUCAGCGACCUUUGCCACUACCCAUGGGUGGACUUCCCUUUGUUUCUCAUGCUCGUGUACUGCCACCCGAUACUUGGAUUUUCCUCAGAGCAAGGUUUUCUGGACC